AUGUUAGAAGCGCCUGGCGAAGGAGACUUCACUGUGGAGCAGGACAAGAUGAGGGUUGGCCGUAUGAUGACUCGCAUGAUUUGGGACAAGCUGCUAUACUAUCUCGAGAAAGGUGACUUGCACAACUAUCGGUUCCUGUCUAACUCUCAGAGAGCUCGAUUUUUUCGAGGUCUUGAUCUCGCGCCUAUUGAUAGCUUGAUUCCACCCAGUGGAGUCCAAGCCGAUGCGUUCCGGGAGCCCGACAAAUUUUUGCUGGAGUGGUUCCUGCAUCAGAACGGCUUUCGGGGAGUGUUGGAGCGCGAUGAGAAGGGAUGGUCUCCGCUGUGCUUCGCAGCCUUAAAUGGUGAUCCUCUGACGGUGAAGUCUCUCUUGCGCUACCGGGCCGAUCCUAACGACAUGACGGCAAAGGCUAGGAUCAAGGAACAGCUGCCUAGGAAGAGCAGCGUUUUGGCCAUCGCGGCCUUUUUUCGCAACAACGAGGCCGUGGAGGUGUUGCUGUCUGCAAGAGCUUCUCCAAAUGCACUCGACGAAAACUUCGGCAAUUCUCUGCACUUUGCUUGCGCUGCUGACAAUGCUGUGGCUGUGCAACUGCUGAUCUCGGCUCGCGCCAAUCCGCACCAGAAAUGCGUUCCGGGCCUGAACCCUUUCCAGAUCAGCUGCGCCUGUGGCAGCCUGCAGUCCAUGAAGGAGAUCCUGGCGCAAGUGCCGGAGUUGAGCUUGCGGCACAGCCUCCAUUUCGCCCUGAUGUUCAGUGGAGGGGGAUCUCCCGAGACCAUCUCCGAGUUGAUCCGAGCCCGGGCAGACGUGAACGAGCCGUUCCGGAUUCGCCUCAAGGAGCCGGGCUGGUGGCUACUUUUAAACCUCACCAGCAUCCGACACCGGGUGAGCCCCUCAAGGCUGACCUGCCUGGCCUAUCAUCAUUACGGCGCCACGCCGCUCAUGUUUAGCAUCCUCAGCGGAUACCUGCAGGCUGCAGCGGCCUUGCUGACUGCAGGGGCGCAGGUGGACAUUAUGAACUUUCGGAGGAAGACCGCCUUGGCUCUGGCUUCCCAGAUGCUGGUUCCCAUGUGGUUGAUGCGAUCCUUAGAUGGCAGAGACCGGGGUCCACGAGUGCUGGAAGAUGAAGAGCUUACCGAGGAGGACGUCUUCUUCAUUUGA